CCUAACCUCUCCACGGACUGCUCAGCUUAAUUCAACUUCACUAGACUUCAACGCUCGAGUCAGACCAACUGGUCAUAUCAACAUUCAGUCACUCAUUGGUAAGCAUCUAGCCUCUAAAACCCUCGAGCACACAACGAGGCCUCCCAACGCCAUACAGCUGGCCGUUCCAGCUCCUCAAUCACUAUCCACAAUAUUCUUUGUUCACCAUCAACAUGGCGCUCUCACCAGUCGUAACACACACCGUUGAAGCGACGCAACCGCAAAGCCUCGGGCGCGCAAUCUCUUCGCCUCUAAAGAACGUCACUUCGCAAACAUCUUCCUCCAAUGGAACGCCUAUGCCUCCUGUCACUUCAGCGCCUGCGCCGACGAGUAUUCCUACGACUCUCGAUCUUGCAGAGCAGAUGAACGAUGAGGAGAAGCGCAAAUACGUCAAGGGCAAGAAGCUCGGUGAGGGUACAUACGCCGUUGUCUUCCUAGGUCACUUGCGCUCGAAGCCCACCACUCUCGUCGCCAUCAAGAAGAUCAAGGUCCAGAAGGAAUACGAUGAGGGCAUGGCCCCCGACGCCGUCCGCGAGUUGAAGCACCUCCAGGAGCUCUCCCACCCAAACAUCAUCUCUCUCCUUUCCGUAUUCUCCUCAAAAGAUCAGAACCUCAACCUCGUCCUCGAGUACCUUCCCCGUGGCGAUCUAGAAAUGCUUAUUCGCGAUACCGAAUCCGUGCGCUACGGUGCCGCUGAUAUCAAGACAUGGAUGGGCAUGCUCACCCGUGCCGUCUGGUUCUGCCACGAAAACUUUGUUCUCCAUCGUGAUAUCAAGCCAAACAACUUGUUGAUCGCUGAGGACGGCGAAGUCAAGCUUGCUGAUUUUGGUCUUGCGCGAAGCUUCGCUGAUCCUCAUCAACUCAUGUCCUCGCGCGUCAUCACCCGCUGGUAUCGACCUCCUGAGUUGCUUUUCGACGCGAAGCAUUACAGCGGUGCUGUUGAUGUCUGGUCUGUUGGCACUGUGUUCGCUGAGCUCAUUAUGCGCGCGCCCUAUCUUCCCGGUAACACAGACCUUGACCAAGUUCGACUUGUCUGUGAACUUGUCGGUACGCCCACCGAUGAUAACUGGCCUGGUGUCACGAAACUUCCAGGCUAUGCUGUUCCUGGGCAACACCCGGUUCGUGGUAAGGACUGGUAUGAGAUGCGCUUCGGUACUGUUGGUUCUGACGGUGUGGACCUGCUAAUGAAGACACUUAUUCUCGACCCCAAGAAGCGCAUCACUGCUCGCGGUAUGCUUGAGCAUCCAUGGUGGCAUUCUGAGCCUAAGCCUACUCGCAAGCAAGAUCUGCCUCGAAAGGGUGGCGCAGGGGCUGAUGACAAGAUGGGCGCUGAUCUAAAGCGAAGGCCAGGCGUGAUUGAUGAUGACAGGGGCUCCAAAGUUGCACGCAAGCUUGAUUUUGGCGGCAUGAAAUAGACAUGGAGAGACGAGGCGCAGAAAAGAAUUUUAAUGAACAUAUGAUAUGUAAUUCGGGUGAGCAUUCUCGGGCGUUUGGACAUAUACAGAAUAAGGAGAGGAAUACGCGACAAGUCGCAAAGGACCUGGCUUGCUCAAAAUGGGACAUUUUAUUAGAUACUCAGAUCUCUUGAUCAUCAUAAAUUUGAAACCAUCCAUAUAUGUCUCCUAGCCAAACGCUCGCUCUCAGCGUAUCUUCGUGAUAUUGACAUUUCGAUUUCGUAAGUAUAUCCAAUCAACCAAGUUCUAUUCUAUUUACUCACAUAAGCACACACUCAAGCCCAUACAUUGCUCUCUCGACACUUUUUCUGACUUGAUACCAGUCCGCCCUUCUCUGCGCAUACUCGUAGACUUCUUCAGCACGGAAAAUGCCGCCAAAACGAUCGCCAUCUGCGAUGACUGUGGCCAUCUCACGCGCAUGUCGAGGGUCAAUCAGGAAGAUCUGGCUUAGCUCACGAAGAGCAGCAAAGUAUGCGAGCAGAUCAGGGUUGCGCAACGUCCGAAUGUACUCAUAAUAGAUGUUCAUAUCAGCAAUGAGAGUAAUCGCGCCCUCGGUACUGAUACGUUGUCGCUUGAGGUGCUUGCAGAUCGCUGUGAAAAGACGAAGACCAACCUCGCCGUUGAAUACAUCAAGCAUCGACUUAUCUGUUGUACCGACAAGCAUUUUUGUGUGUGAUGAGACGAGCUCUACAAUACGCUUUGCUGUGGCUGUGGGGCCAAUAUCAGGCUCUGCAGCAGGCACUGCAGGCUUCUCGACGGUGCUAGAGCUGCCGCCAAAUCCAGAGCCAAAAGCAGAGGACGAUGUAGCCGCUGAGGGAUCAAUUGGGUUGUAGUCUGUGGGUGGUUGAGUUGUGCCCUGAAGAUACUCAACUUCGUCCAUCAGGACAUCGAUACCCUUGUUCAGGCCGGCCGCAACACUCUCGUCGAGCAUUUGCUCAAACUUCUUCUUGGCCAGGCCUGCUGGGUCCAAGAAAUCGUUGCGGUCAGCAAUUUUCGGGGUGGCAAGUUGCUGCUCAUAGAAAACGUCAAUCAUCUGUGAGAUAAGGUCACCGACGUUGACAAGCUCGAUGAAAGUGACAAGCGGUGCCACGCCCGCUUUGUUAUGAUCGUUAACCUCUCGCGGGUUAUAGUGCGAAAGAUGGUCGACAGCCAUAUCAAAGCCCGUCUUGACAUGCUUCUGCCCCAAGAUACGCAGCAACACCACGAAUAUGGUCGCACACUGCUCUCGAGCUUCUCCGCCAGCUUGUCCACCAAGACUAAUAAAAACUGAAGCACGUCCCAGGCUGGUUUUGGCAGCGUGCACCAGGUUAAGCGCCACCUCAAUGCUGAAAAGCGACUUGAUGCCUUCAAGCUUCGACGCCAUGAUUGCAGCCUUGGCUGCCAGCUCAUCCGUUGGUGCCUGGGCAGGUAAUGGCGUCCUCUGGCCAUCAAGUGCCAGACUGGGCGUCUCAGGUCGCGAGGGCUGAGGUGUCAGUGUCCCAGAGCCAUUCAGCUCCUUUGGUACUGUUGAUGUAGGCCUCGAUGAUGCGGGUUUGCUAGUUGCGAAAGGAGAUCCCAUCGGAAAGCUCGGUAGCACAGUAACAGGCAUCAUAACGACCUUCUUGAAAGAGCUCAAAAAGUCCUUCUUGUCGGCUGAGCGAUUGAUGUUUGACAUAUAGAACGACUCCAGGGACGAGUCUUGCUCAGAAAGCUUCUUCUCCCAGCUUGCCACUUCUGUGUCAGCAUGAUUUGUGAAGAAGUCUAGCUCAGCUUGGAGGUAUAAGUCGAGAUGCGGCUCGAAGACGCGCAGUGAAAACUCCUUUGCCAUCUCUUUAACAUCUCGCUUAGACCCUUCAGGGGGUGUAAGAGACUGAAAGAAAAGCAUCGUCUGCUCAAAAACGCCAGACACGGCUUUCAAAUAAGCUUCCAUACUACGUUCAUGCGCCUCGUCGAACAGUGGUGUUGAAUACUCCAUGAUAAUAUCCUCCCUGACCUUUUCCACAAAUAUCCAGAAUACAUGUUCAGGAUUAGGGAAGAUGCGUUGCAUCACUGAGGCCUGCUCAUUGACUUUGGUCAGCAACUUUUCGAAGAACAGCCGUGAAGGUUCGAGUAUGAUGCUUUCGUCCUGUGUCGCUUGGUUGAGACAGUCCAUCGCGUUCACCACCAAUAACUCAUCAUCGUUGAAUAUGGGGUGCUUAUGCACAAAUAGAUCUAUCCCUCCAGUGGCGCCAUCAAGUGUGUGCAGGACAUGUGCGUAGCGAUGCAUUCGUCCGUCAACAUCCCAGAAUUCGUAUCCUUGUUCAAACUCCCGUAGAACAGCACUCUCGAAUAACCCCAUCAUUGAUGAGAGCUUCUCCUCUCGCUCCUGGCAUCCAGUUGACCAAUCGCUAUGGGCGAAUCUCUUAAGGUUUGCGAGCAUUUGCGCUUGUUUCUCCGGGUCGCGAAACGCUUGGAAGACGAUAGGGUCCGCAUGAGACCUUGCCUUCACCAAAUCAAAGUAGAAUGGAGCCAAAGCGCCGUAUAUCUUUCCGUACUCGUGCCUCGCGCCACCCCGAAUGCUCCGUGCGUUUUUGAAGACAUCCAGAUAUGCUGCCGGGUCUUCGGCGGGGUUUGUUGAAGCCCCCACCGCCAUCGUCUCGAAACCAUCACGAAUAUCUGCAACGGCGCGAUUCUUGGCCUCCUCUAAUGAGGCAUCGAAUAGUGUUGUUCCUGUAGAUUGCGUGGGGCUUGCAAGCCCUUUGGCUUGUUUUGCAGCUGCAUUUGCACUUUCUCGUCUUCGUCGCACUGCCUCCUCGAAUCGACGACGAGCCUCGACUUCAUCCCAACAAUCCAUGCUCUUUAAUCUUGAGACCCAUCUAGUGUCAUCGUAUACCAUAUCUCGCAUGCGGUGUGAUGCGCGGGCAAAGCGCAGUUGAUCGGCGACUGGCAAAUAAUCGAGAAUCGUCACCAGUAUCUCUG